AUGUCUGAAUACGACCACGAUGUUGCUGAAGGUGCAGAGAUUGAUGUAGAUGAUGGGGAAGUGGUAGAUGAUGUGGUUGAUGAUACUCAAGUAUCUCAACCAUCUCAACACAUUAGUAGAAAUGAGUCUGUCAGAGAAGGACACCAGUUAGACAUGGAUACUCAGUCCAACGAAACCGAUAGUAGAUCUAAUAAGGUGAACAUGAGCUGGACAAGUGAGAUGGAUAACACACUGAUUGAAACUCUGGUGGAGCAAGUCACCCUUGGACACAAGGUUGACAAGAGCUUUAAGGCUCUGGCAUAUAUUGUAGUUGCAAGAGCCAUAAGUCUGAAAUAUGAAGUGGAGUGCACACAGAACCACAUUAGGAAUCGAAUGAAGACAAUAAAGAAGAAUUUCUCCACGAUAACGAACAUCAUCAAUUCUUGUGGUUUUUCCUGGAAUGACAUGACUAAAACCAUCGAUGCAGAGCCCCAUAUGUGGAAUGAAUACAUCCAGCAAAUUAGGGGAAAAUCCAUCCACAACUAUGACCAACUGGCUAUAGUAUGUGGAAAUGAUCAAGUAACUAGCACUGGUGCAUUCACUGCUGGGGAACUAAACAGGCGUGAGGCAGCAUCAGUGAAUGAAACCACUAGCAUGCCGACAAUGCAGGAGCCUGUAUUUUAUGAGGUUGAAGGAGACAAUGUUGGUGACUCAACUCUUCAGGCUAGGCCACCUGAGGAGGUUGAGAAGGGAAUCAGGUUGCUAAAGAAGGAAAAUAUUUAUGAUGAUGUGCUGAGCUUAGGGGAUCACAAMCCCUCCUUCCUCAUAAGGGCCAUCGAUUAUCUGACUGAGUCUGAAAAUUGGGCAAUAGCAUUUUAUGCCUUGGCUCCGGAAUUGAGGAAGGCAUGGUUAGAUUUGAAGUUGGACCCACUUAACUGA